AUGUCAGCCGCCGCCGCCGGUUGGGGUCAGCCUUUGGCAACAAAAUCGCCAGCAUCCCGACGAUCAUUAGGCCACUUCAGGUCUCUCUCCUCCAUCGCAGCUGCCCCCAGCUACCAUCCCCGAACUCCGUCGCUCACUCCCGACCGCACGCCGAUCAAAUCCUCAUCCUCCACACAUCUACCUCUCGGGGUAAAGAGUGCGUCUGUAGAUUUUGGAGACGAGAUGAGCACCAUACCCGACCCCCGAAGUCGAGCCAUUAGUCCGGCUGAUGACAGUGGUGUUGCGACUCCUAACCAUCACCCUGACCUUAAUGAUGAAGUCGCCACUCUCAGCAACAAGCUCAUCAAUGCAAUCAACCAUCAAACAAUAUUAGACGACUCAUUAUCCGCCGCCCGCCACGAACUUGAUGCCGCACGCGAUCGUAUUCGCGACUUGGAAACUCAAAACGCCUCGCAACGCGAAAUGUUGGCCGGUGACGUGUGGGUUCGUAAACACACCGUUGAGGCUGAAAAGAAGGUUUGGCAGGCCAAAAUAGCCGUGGAGCGCCAAAAGCGUCUUGACACAGAAAUGGAAAAGAAGAAGAUCGAGCAAGAACUGGAAAAUCUUACCGCCGCAUUGUUCGAGGAGGCGAAUAAGAUGGUUAUCGCUGCCAAGGAAGAGGCCAAAGCUGAUCAUGAAGUCUUGCAACGCAAGAACGACCAGCUCAAAUCUCAACUCGCAGAUACAGAGAGCAUACUCAAGUCGCAACAAGAGCAACUUGUAGAGCUCAAGCAUGUCAUGGAACACAUGGCUGCCGGACGAGAGGAACACACUAACCCUACUGCUCCCUCUUCUCCUGGAUUGACAAAGCCUGACACUCGGGACGAUCGCCGAUCCUCCACUGAAGAGCCAAUGCCUUCGUUAUGGAGUGCUGCCGCGGUUGUCGAACCCGCCCAUCCAACGAGCCUCUCCCAUCUCAUCCAGCCCGUCUUGCGAACCGAUCUAGCUUCUUAUGAUGACUUUGUCAGCCUCACCCGGAUCUCUCGAAACCGCGCCAGUAGCCGUGUAUCCUCAGGCUCCGUGAGUGCAUUGAAUGCGUUGACUGGGUUUGGACUCGGCGGUUCAAUAUCAAGCGCCCAUCCCUCAAACGCAUCUACUACUUCGCUCGGCACUCCUAUUCCUGGUCCCGGAAGUGCACCUCAGUCACCGAAUACCCCAGCCUCAACUGUCAGCGCUGCUUCGAACGCCUCGGCCACCCCUCUCCCAAGUUUAAGAGAGACGAAGUUCUACAAACGUGUUCUGGCAGAGGAUAUCGAGCCCACACUCCGUCUGGACAUGGCACCAGGAUUGUCUUGGCUCGCUCGACGAUCAGUUAUCGCCUCUAUUGCCGACGGAACAUUGGUAGUUGAACCUGUGCCAACAACUGGAUCCCUUGUCGCACUGACGAAGCCACAAUUUUACCCCUGUUCACUAUGCGGUGACUCUCGCAAGGGUCCAGAAUAUCUUCGUAACCAUCGAUUUCGAACAAGUGAGACCGACUCCGCUCAACGACAUCCUCUGUGCAAAUAUUGCCUCAACCGUGUGCGCUCAACCUGCGAUUUCUUAGGCUUUUUACGGAUGGUCAAGGAUGGCCAUUGGCGAGCCGAUAAUGAGGAUCAUGAGAAGGCUGCCUGGGAGGAGAGCGUUCGACUCAGAGAGCAGAUGUUUUGGUCUCGCAUUGGAGGAGGUGUCAUCCCAAGCAUUCCAGCCCCGAUCUCUAUCGACAUGGAGAAAAGUCCGCGUAACAGCGACGACGGCAGUGUGAGGUCUGACCAUCUUGAAGUCCCUGGUUUUCAAACCCCACCCACGACAAUGGAGCGAACGCUAAGCGAUAUAAGUAACGUUGUACCGAUAGAAGAGCCACAUACACCUCCUAUGCAGAUCGAUGGGCCCAGGAGUGUUCGCACUUCCGUUCAGUCUCUUGAAGUAAAAAGUGCCUCUGGAUCAGAGGAGACAAAGCGACUAUCCCUCACGAUCCCAGCCACGGAUUAG